UCCCAAAUCCCCACCCCCCAUGACUCCCCUCCCCCUCCUCCUCCUCCUCGCCGCCCUCCUCUCCGCCGCCGCCCCCUCCGCCGUCUCCUGGAGGCCCUGGCCCCCCUCCGCCGCCCGCAACACCACCGCCCUCCUGUAUGGCGCCUCCAAAAAAUACGAAGGGUCGUCGGAAUUCGUCCGCCUGAAAUACCACAUGGGCCCCGUCCUCACAGCCAACAUCACCGUCUACCCAAUUUGGUACGGCCGGUGGCGGCCGGCGCAGAAACGCAUCAUCCGCGACUUCAUUUCCUCCAUCUCCGCCGCCGGCGCGCGGCGGCCCUCCGUCGCCGGCUGGUGGCGAACCGUCCAGCAGUACACCGACCAAACCGGCGCCAACAUCUCCCGGACCGUCCUCGCCGGUCCGGAGAAAACCGACCGGUUCUACUCACACGGCAAAUCCCUCACCCGCCUCUCCGUCCAGUCCGUCAUCAAAUCCGCCGUCGCCGCUUCCUCCCGCCCCCUUCCGAUCAACCCCCGCGGCGGCGUCUACCUCCUCCUCACCUCCGGCGACGUCUACGUCCAAGACUUCUGCAACAACGUCUGCGGCUUCCAUUACUUCACCUUCCCGUCGAUCGUCGGCUACACUCUCCCCUACGCCUGGGUCGGCAACUCCGGCGACCUCUGCCCCGGCGUCUGCGCCUACCCCUUCGCCGUGCCGGCGUACAUUCCGACGCUGACGGCCGUUAAGUCCCCUAACGGCGACGUCGGCGUCGACGGCAUGAUCAGCGUAAUCGCGCACGAAAUCGCUGAGGUCGCGACGAAUCCGUUAGUUAACGCCUGGUACGCUGGCCAAGACCCAGUUUUUCCGGUGGAAAUCGCCGAUUUGUGCGAGGGAAUCUACGGCACCGGCGGCGGCGGCUCCUACACCGGCCAAAUGCUGAACGACAAAGACGGCGCCACCUACAAUAUGCACGGACUCCGGCGGCGGUUCUUGGUCCAGUGGGUUUGGAACAAUCUCGUUAAUUACUGCACUGGACCAAAUGCCCUUGAUUAGCACAAAACUUCAUCUUCUUCAUCGAUUCUGCCAUUGCAAUUAGGGUUUAUAAGCUUAUAUCUAAAUUGGGGGGUUUUUUUUAUCUGCAAUUUUUGUGCAAUAUUUUGGAGAUAUUCGAAUUUGAAUUUGAAUUUGAGAAAACAAAAAAGAAAAGGUCGAUCAGUGAUCGCCACCGUCGACGGUGUGGAGCCCGCCAGCUGGCAGCUGUGGUGCCCAAGAGGAUACACUGGUUUUUUUUAUUUUUGCCAUUUUCGAUGAAACUAAGCUAUAAAUUGAUGGAAAGUGCAUCAAAAUUGACAGGUAUUUAGUUUUAAUAACCUAAAAUUAAUGAACGGUAGCUAAAUUCAAUAAUGUUCAGUUGUUGGAAAUUUUAAUGUUGGAACUAGGCGUUUGGGAGGUCCAGGUCGCAUCAACAAUGGUGGUAUUUGAGUCUUCUGGAUCUUAGAUCCCGGGACCAUGCAAGUGGUCGUUCUAGCAUGUCAAAUCAAUCAAAACCCCAAUUGUGGUUUUCUUUCUAUCUAUCUAUCAAUUCACCACUUUGGGAUUCAAACCCAAUUAUGCUCUGUUUUCUUUUUUACCUUUUUUUUUACACUUUAUUUUUUACUCAUCUUUUAAAGAGAUACUUCUGUUGUUUUACUUUAGAAUGUGUUUCCUUUUAUUUUUAUUGAAAAAAUUUUAUUUUAAUUUUA